AUGCAGAGGCUGCUCUCAUUCCACUUGCUAGGAAUCCUGCUGCUACUGAGCCAACUUCCCAGAGAAAGUCAAGGUCAAAAACUGAGCUGGAACACCGUUAUUAAGGCUUGUGGCCGGGAAUUGGCGCGCAUGCAGAUCAGAAUCUGUGGCUCCUCCCUUUCCACGUGGAGUGAUGGAAUCGCCCCAAGGAUUAGAAGAGAAGCUGGACCACUCCCAGAUCUUGAGCACAUCUCUCUUUUCAGUAAUUAUUAUUUGGAUCUUGCUCUUGAAAAAGAGAAAAGAGAAAGACCAAGAGAUAUCAAUCUAAGCAUAGAAGAUGUACUUCUAGAAACCAAGCCAACCUACAAUAAGACAAAGGAGGAGCAAACUUUGAAAAUGAUAUCAGAAUACAUUGCUAAGUUACUGAAUAGAACAUUGUCUUUGAAUAAUCCAAUAACUCUUAAGCUGCAACAACUCGCAUCAGAAAAUAAAGAAAUUUCCUUCAAAGAAUUCCAGGAAAUUAUCGCAACAGAAGGCAACCACAUUCCUUCAAAGGAAAUCAGCAAAGAGCCUGGUGAACAAACCAGAAAGAAAAGACAGGUCGCAUUUGAACUGAGUAAUAAAUGUUGUCAUUCUGGUUGUACUUUAAGAGAACUUGCUAGAUUUUGCUGA